AAUCAGGAAAAUAAGAAGUGUUUCCUCUCCAUCACCUGGACAAGAUAGACAAAUAUAUUGACCACGUUUGGACCAGUUAAACCAGCAGCCACAUAAGGACACAGAACAAUCAUGAAUAAACCAAUACAUGUACUGACAGUAUUGUCCCUUGUUUACACCGGUACAGCGAUGUUCAUUAGACUACGUGGAGGAAACGCUAACGAGGGGAGGGUGGAAGUUUCUCAGGAUGGAGUCACGUGGGGUACUGUCUGCAACGAUGGUUGGUCAGAUUACAACGCACACGUGGUCUGCCGUGAGAUGGGAUACAAAUGGGGAGCGGCAAAGAGGGCGCGCUACCUGUAUGGAAUUGGCACUGGUUCCAUUUUCCUAGAUGACGUCAAAUGUAACGGACAGGAAACGACUCUGGCUAAGUGCCCGCAUGCGCAAUGGGGUGUGAACAAUUGUGUUCAUACUGAGGAUGCGGCAGUCACGUGUCACAACGAUAUUAUUCGACUGGAGAAUGGUGGUUCUAAUCACGGGAUAGUGUACGUUCUGGAUGACGACAAGACAUGGGGAGUACAGUGUGGGGACGGCUUCGACCGGAACGCCGCUGCUGUUGUCUGCCGAGAACUUGGAUAUCAAUUUGGCCGUGACCUUCCAAUAGGGACCUACGGCAAAGUUGAGAACGUACACACCAAAUAUGUUCAGGGAAAUAUUUUAUGUUCGGGAUCGGAGACCACCAUCAGACAAUGUACGUCUUCAAACACGUGCAGCCAAAACCCGUACAACUAUGGAGCCGUGGUCUGCUCAAAUAUGCCAAUAACAGGAAGUGAUUCAAUAAGGCUGGUUUCGGGGUUGGUGAUGACCGAAACAGAAGGAAUCUGGGGCAGUGUUUGUGGCUCAACUUGGGACGAUAAAGACGCUAUGGUCGCCUGCAGACAGUUAGGGUAUCCUGGUGGAGUAGCAUAUUCCGUUGCCAGCAAUUCCAGCAUGAGUCCUUUUCUCUAUGGAUCUGUGAACUGCUUGGGAACAGAAAGGUCUCUAAGCGAAUGUAACCGACAGGGUCAGGCUUGUGUGUACACAGACAAAAACGUGAAGGUCGCCGGAGUGCUUUGUUACGAACAUCAAGCUCCAGUGCUUCGACUUAUAGAGGAGAGUCCACGCGUCGGUCGACUAGAGAUAGAAAUAGACGGACGGAAAGGAGGUAUAUGUGACACGGAUUGGGACGUCGUCGAUGCAAGGGUGGCCUGUCAGCAGCUUGGAUAUGCAGACGGAGACAACAUCCGGGGACUGGCAGCGCCUUACAACACCACGUUUAUGACAAAUGUACAAUGUGCUAAGGGCGAGAGAAGUGUUUUCGAAUGUAAAAAUGAUGGCUGGAAAAACGAUGGCUACAUUUCUGCUUGCGCCGGUGGUAAAAACUUUGCCGGAGUAGAGUGUUAUGAACACGCAUUCCUUGCUUCUACGCAAUCCAGCGCCAUUGGUACGACCGGAAGUGUCUUGGUAUUUCAUAGAGAACGAUGGUACCAUGUUUGUGACCAGGAGUUUGGGACUAAGGACGCCGAAAUGGUUUGUAAAGAAUUAGGGUUCCCUGUCGGAGUUCCACUUAUCAGUGAGCCUCUGACAGUUGACAACAAAUUCAGAAUAUUCUUCCUCCAGAUGAACUGUUCAGACACGUCCACAAGUUUAAGGAAUUGUCAGCUUACCGAGACAACAAACUGCAGAUCGAGAGUGCCUCCAUACUUUCCUGCUGCCUAUGCAUCUGUUCUAUGUCUUCGUGCAAAUGCUGUACCGGAUGUACAGGUACAUCCCCCAACCACGUUUCCCGUCAGUCCAGUCAUACAGAUGUAUGGUAUCAAUGGAACAGUGUGUGCUAAUGGCUGGGAUUACAAAGACGCGCGUGUUUACUGUCGUCAGUUUGGUUACCGAAUGGGAUUUGGAAUACCAACGUCAACAACACAAGGAGCUAACCUUAACAAUCCAGUUGUGUGGAUGACAAACGUUGGAUGUAUCGGAUGGGAGACCGACUUCCGUCAGUGCAUUCGUUCAUCCGUCCUAGACAAGACAAAGGCCACAGGCGCGUGUGCUGGUGGAAUGGCUUCUGUCUACUGUAUUUGA